AUGUCUGCUCCCUUGCUUAAACCCGACGCUCUCCGCCUCAUCAACGUGGUCAUGGCAUUGCUAGAAUGGCAAUCGACACUGGCAUACCUCAAGGACCCACCGCCAGGGUAUUUACUAUCAGCAACCGAUCUCAUGUCUGAUGCCCAAACGCUACGCGUGGCAGUCGAGAAUGACGCUUUUACCUCUGAGCUUGCCUUCGAAAAGGCCCUGACCGACAUACUAGAAUCUUCUCAUGAUGGCCAUCUGUACACCAGCUUGCCUGCAAUGAGAGUGUUUGGGUAUAUAAGGACUAUCGACGGCAUUGUUUCUGUCUCGCUGGAUGGUAGAUCAACACCAGAUAUAUUUGCUUACGGAGAUAUUGAACAGCGAAAUGCCGAUAAUAAUUUCAACCCUUCUCCAAUAGUUAAGAUCAAUGGACAAGACGCUAAGAGCUGGGUUCUUUAUCAAGCUCUCAAUACCACUAGUGGCCAACAUGAUCCUGAUGCAAUGUACAGCCCUAUCUCAAGACUCAACUCCACAAUUUUUGCUAAUGUUUUAAGGUACAACACAUUCGUGAAGUCGCCUGCUGCUGGAAGCAGAUUUCUGUUCUGUGGGAGCUAUCCAGGGCCGAGCACGACUAUCCUCUUUAAAAAUGGGACAGUCUUGAAUCACCCUACCACAGCAGUGCUGCUUGAUGAUUUCACGGGCGUCGUCGAUGGUAGGUCAUUCUACCGCAGAUUCGUUACAGAAGUUACACGGAAGCGGGCACUGUCCUCCAGAGGUACAGUUUCAGCCUUGGGCCAUAACACAAUCCACGAAAUGAGGAAGACUGCUGCGUCUCAUCAUAGCAACGACCUAUACCCUGCUCCCCUUUACUUCACGGAUGACGGUGCGAUCGAGGGAUAUUUCAUGAAUGUCCUCGGAUUUGAAACCGUUGCUGUUCUCAGACUUGGAAGCUUCAAUCCACGGAGCACGGAAGAGUUUCAUUCUAACUUGACUGAGUUUUUGCAUACAUGCGUCUUGAAUGGUAAGCAACAUCUCAUUGUUGACAUUCAAAGUAACGGAGGCGGAAAUAUUGGGCUUGGAUACGACGUCUUCGAGCAGCUCUUCCCGGAUACCGAGCCUUAUUCAGCAGGAAAUUUACGUUCACACGAACAGUUGAAUGUAAUGGGUGAAUUCUUUACACAAUUCGCGCACGGCGUGCUUGAGGACACUGGCAACAUUACGAACUAUAUCGCGGCAGGUGGCUUCUCCGCAUUUGAUGGUAGAGGGCUGAACAAUCUCAGUGGUCAGAGGUUCGAUUCGUGGAGCGAAUUCACUGGUCCAACUCUGAGCCAUGGUGACACUUUCACGAAUCUUGCUCUCCUUGAUAUCGAAAACACCGAUUAUGAGGACUAUCUAAGCGGGUUUGUUUUCAGCAAACCUCCAAGGCAAGCGUUCCAGACUGAGAACAUAAUCGUUCUCAGCAAUGGAAACUGUGGAUCGACAUGCGAUACGUUCAUGAAUCUCAUGAAGUGGCAAGGAGGAGUCAAAACCAUUGUUGGCGGAGGCCGACCCAAACCAGGCCCGAUGCAGUUUGUUGGUGGAGUCAAAGGAAGACGAAAACUCAGUAUUGGUUAUCUAAUGUACAUGGUUAACCUGUUCUACCAGCAUGCGCCACCGGACAUUCAAGCGAAUGCAAAUCAAACAAAGCUCAAAGAAGUCGCGGACAACGGCGAGUACCUCUCACGCCGAAGUGAUGGCACGUUCGCCGUGAAUUUCGGGAACGGCAUUGCAAAGGACGAUGUGACCAUGACACCUUUGCAAUUCGUAUACGAAGCUGCGGACUGUCGAGUUUGGUGGAAGCCCGAGCAUUUCUUUGACACCACAACUCUCUGGUCCCUUGUGGCUGGGACAGCAUUUGGAUUGAACAACACGGAAAAAUGGGCUGCUUGUGUCGCAGGUAGCACUAAUCAUCCCAGCUCGGUAUCUGGGGGUAUGCAACUGGUCUUCACUUACAAUGGCACACUUCAACCACCCUCGGAUGGGAAAAACAACCAAUCGUCUGUUGCUAAGGCUGACCCUGAUCCAAAAGGAGUAGAGCUUAAGAACAGUGCAAAGACUUUUGUGCAAAAGUUUGCUUCGAUUCCUCUCUUUUUGGGGGCUGUGAUGUUUGGAGGCAUUCUUAACUUGAUGUAA